AAUGCAAUCAAUAAAUGUCAUUUAUUUGUAAGAAUUGAAUUUAUCUGUUUUCCCUAUUAUGGAAAUGGUCUUUCGUUGAUACGUGAAACCCUUGAUUGAUAAAACUCGCAAUAAACCAGGGGGUAGAUGGUUGCUUUACUUAUCGAUAAACCUACAUUCAAAUUGGAAUAUCUGAUUCGGAACAAAUAUUGGUCCAUUUCAAUGAAUGUGAAUCCAUCCGAUUUUUUGCCCGUCCAACCGAAUCAUACUUACGGCUCAAAACUCUCACUGUAUGGAUUGAUAAAGAAUUCCUUAUUAUGUUUCGUGGUUCUGGGAGGAUUAUAUCUGUUCGUAGAUAAGUUGACGGAUUAUCAAACGAUGAACAUAGAGAAAAAAACACUGGAGACGAAUGAGUGCGACGAUAUUGAAGACCAGUUGGGCCAUCGAAAAUUCAGCGGAAGUAUGUUGAACGUUGAAAGAGAAAUUUUGAACGGUAACACGUUGAGCUUGAUCAAAAAGGACGUGGCAAGUUUGAAGAGUCAAGUCAUGAAUUUAUGGAAUAACAUGAAUGGCAUGUCUUCACAAUGCGAUAUACCAGAGAUGGAAAAUAAAAUACGACAUGCUAUAGUGGAGAGCGAUAUAGUUGAUAAUAAAAUAAAGAAAGCAUUGAACACCUACGAUGCUGAUAAAUUAGCACUAUAUGAUUAUGCCGCUGAUUACGCAGGUGGAGAAGUAGUUUCCAUACCAGACACUACGCCUUAUCCCACCAGCAAGAUAAUGCAGUUAUUCGGACUGUUCAGACUUACCUACUCUUCUUCUCCGAACGAAAUCAUCAAACCCAGUACGAUCCCAGGGGAUUGCUUCAGAUUUUACGGUACAAAAGCUAGGAUUAUCCUGAAAUUGGGCAAAAAGAUACCUGUCGGUUCUGUCACGAUGGAACACAGUCCCCUGUUGGAGGAUUUCUCUGAUGCACCUAAAGACUUCAAAGUGUUCGGAUUGGCAGAUCUAGAAAAUGCAAAAAAAGUACUGCUAGGUUCAUAUAGUUUCAAUGUAAGGAAAAAUGAAUCACCAAUCCAAAAUUUUCCGAUAAACCCUUCUAUAUUUUCGAACAAUUAUUUCGAGUAUGUUGAACUGGAAAUAUUGAGCAACUACGGUAACCCUCGGUAUACUUCGAUUUAUAGGUUUAGAGUGCAUGCUGGGAAACAUAAAGACUGAACUGAAAUUGUGUUUUUUUCCUGAGAAAAAUAUAUUUUUUAAUGACAGA